AGGAGGCAACUUGCUCUCUGUCAACAUCAAAAACAACAGGAGACGCUCGUUCUGGUGCCAAAAUACUCGCUUUCUGUGAGAUAUAACACUUUCUCCAAUGCUUCAAGAUCUACCCGUUGAGGUAAUACAACAGAUCGCCGCCUACUUGCCUACGACUUCAUCCAUCAUCAACCUCUCGCUCGCAAACCACAAGAUCCAUUCGAUUAUCUCAGCAGACGACUAUAGCGUCUUUCGAAAAUUUGUGCAGAGGGCCUUUCCGACAAUCAAUUCACCACCAUAUUGGAAAGAUGUCGCGCGCACCUUGACGUCACGAUCUCGGGCCUGGGACCGCAGGGCAUUUAUCGCUAGAGAAUGCUGCCCACCCGUUGACAAUAGCGACUAUCCACCCCAAACGACCCCUGGUCUUCCGGUAGGCUACCGACCAGCCAUCGACAGUUAUGAGACAUGGCAGGGAGGGUCAUGGGCAGACCGGAAAGAAGUGCUCGCAUGGGGAGCAGCUGGGAGACUGCAGCUUCGAAGUAUUCAAAACGGUGUGACGACUUGGAGCUCAUUCAGAGUUCCAGAAGACCAUAGACAAGAACUGGAUAUUCUGGAUGUCAAGCUUUUACGACCCCAUCAGCACCAGAACUCAGAUGGCGAGACAAUUGUCCUGCAAAGAGCCAACCGUGAAGUCAUCAGUGUCGAGACUUCCUCUAAACCUGUCGUCUUCACGCCAAAGUCUCGCUAUUCGAACCUUCCCGAUGAGUUCACCUGUUUAGAUAUCAGUCAGAGUGCUGAGCCUGUCCUUGCAGCUUGUGGAGGCCACUGCAUCAACCUCUAUCCGGUGCAUAGUCCAGACCAAGCUGUGCGGCCCGUUAGCUCCCUCAAAGUGGAAAAGAGACACAGCCUUCGAUCACGCAUGCGAUGCGUCAAGUUUCUGCCCGGAAAAAUGAUCGCAGUUGCCAACCAGUUCCUUGAGGGUCGCGAACACGCCCCGAUCAAUAUCUACGACAUCAACCCUGCUGGCCUCUCCUCGACGCCAGUAGCUGCAUUAAUGACUUUCACCGAGUCUAGUCAUCCGUGGAUGGGCCGCCAUAGCGCCAAUACCAUUGCCCGGCUAGAUGACGUGGGAGUAAGUGGAGGCCGCCCUCAACAGUUGUUCCUGUCCGGCUGGACCGAUGGAAUUGCUCGGCUCUAUGACAUUAGAGUCCCUCGGAGAUCAGUGGCGGAGUACGUUGAUCCCGUGGAUGAUGGGCAAAUUCUUUCUCUCCUCCCAGUUGGCCACGAACGCUUCUUUGCCGGCAGUCAUCAGAACGGCUGUCUGAAGUCCUUUGACUUCCGCAUGCCAGGGGCUAGGGCGUACUCGUAUCUCGAUGCACGACCACCACAGACUGUCAAACGUCGGACGCCGCAGAGAGACAUCAACAUCUUCCUCACCCCCACAGUCAACAUCGGUGAACGACUCUGGGAACCUCUCCCACGUCAUCCUCGUAAACGCUCUCAACGCUACCGUGGCUGUGUGUAUUCUCUGUCAAGCCCUUCGUCCAGCUCUCCCACGAUCUUCGCUGGGAUAGAGAACCAUGUAUUACAGCUUGACUUUACUUCCACUGAUGACUUUCGCAAUGCUCAGAGAAUCUCGGGCACUAGUGAUCCAAACGUCGAUGACUGCCAGGAUGAGAAGAACAGGAUCACCCAGGAUCAGAUACUGAACUUUUCAUGUUAUGAGAGACCAAGGGAAGGCAAAGAAUCCACGGAUCCCGUUCUGCUGAGGAAGCAAACGGACUUGGUGGAAGGGUCAGUGGAGGAUGGUGUAGACAGCUAUGGGCGCAGGGAAGACGGAUGGGACGAACGAUGGCGGUUGAACACGUCCGGCAAAGACCGGGGGUUCAGGGAUCCAGGCUGGCGCUCCGCUAGGCGACCGUCAUGGGGUCGGCGCAGCCGAUAGAUCUUAUAGAGGCCAAGUACGGCGGAGGAGUCAGGUCACUUCGAGCAAAAAAACCUGAAAAGACUUCGGCAAAAGGCUACAAAUGUGGUAUCAGUGAUGCCGCGAGACAGAAGACAUCAUUUUUCGGGUACGGGUAGCCAACAUUUGAUGGUUCGUCAGUGCACAAUUUCCCUUGGCCGCACAACUCACAAUAUGCUGCGGCUACACAAG